AUGCAGCUGAGGCUCGUGAUCUGGCUGAUUCCGUCUCUUUGUGGCCAUAGCUACUGGAAAGGACAGUCUCGACUGAAAGAUUUCUUGCCCACCAAGACGGUUCCAGAACUCUUUGGUCAUGAGGAGAAGGUCGAGCGGCAGAUGAACAUGGUGGCCCGCGACGUGCUCCUUCCUGUGGCCAUGCAAACGAACGCGUUGAUCGUCGGCCGGAGCACUUGCAGCCUCACCACGGCCUUUGCUGAAGUCAGCGAGCCCAUUCAGAAUAGUCUCGGAGCUUCGUGUCCGUUUCAACUGCUCAUUGUCGAGAAUGCUCGGAAUUACUAUAUACCGACGAAACUGAAGCCCAACAGCUUCGAGCAAAAGCUACUGCAGAGCAAUAACACAUGGAGGAAGGCUGAUUUCAUCCCUGCCCUGACUCAAUCCUACGGCGUGGACCCGGUGCUGUGGCCACGCCAUCGGCUGGUAGAGGGCGCUGCUGCCUACGUUGUCUUCGAAUGUUUGGACGAGAAGAGACUCCACGACCCACGCGCGGCCGUGCAAUUUGAGAACAUCUUUGUAUCAUCUCUCCGCAACUCACUUCCCGUCUUGGGCCUGUGGACCGGUGGGGACGUGAAUGUCCUGAAGUACGAGGCGUUGAACUGUGUGACCAACGGUAUUCCUCUCAUCUUGCUGGACAGCAGGCCGGAGCUUAUACCUGCCGAAAAAGCGCCCGACGGAGCACCAGAUGAUGAACCCGAGGUGCUCCUUGAAGGAGCCACGACGCCAGCUGCACCGACGAGGUAUGACCUUCACGUUGCUGCCGAGCGUCUUCGGAAGCAUUCUGAGGCACUGAACCGCUUGAUCCUUUUCGACACGAUGGUCGGUUCUGCACUCGCCUGCGUACGUGCAAGCCUCAAACACAAGGUGAAGGAGCACCGAGUAGACAAGCAACUUUGGCUUUAUGACGCUGUGAUAAGGGCAACGCUACAGUCACACCAUGAAAGAGGUGACGCGAAUCCAGAGGAUCUUUCCAUCGAAGACGAAGAUGUCAGCAUGGCAACGGAAAUUCUGAUAAACCAUGUGGCAGAUCAGCUCUCGAAGGAGGCCACCGUCAAUACCAGCAGGUUGGAGGAUGGGAUCGAGGCUUUGAGGGCUUGUGAGGACUGGGCGCAGCUUGAGGAGGAGUGGACGCGGCAGUGGGAGAAGCUGUGUUACUUUGCGGUCUGGAACGGCUGGGAUGACAUUGUCAUCACUGUGAAGGAAGCCGGUGGACCGAAGCAGGUGCCGCUGUUGAGAGGCCCACCACCCGAGGCCGAGUUCCAAACCUCAGGCCGUCCCCAAGUGAGGUUGAGCAAGGACGGCCUGCCAAAGGCUGUGCAGUUCGCAGAUGUGCGGGCCACCCUGCUCCAACAUCUCGACCGAUGGCUGGCGGAAUCCCGGAAGUACGACCACAUGAAGAAAUCCCCGCCGGUGGUGAAAAACGAUAAGAGGCUCUGGCUGGCAACCUACGAGCUGCUAAAGUCCGAUGAUGUCUACAGCAUCCGCCUGUCGGAUCAUCGCUCCCUGAAGCAGCGCAUCCAAGCGCUGUCGCGUUCGGAUCGCCUCCCCAAAGCCAGCUCGUUGGAGGGACUCUUGCUGCUACGCUGCGCCUGGACUCUGGCAGAUAUCUUCGAUGAGAAGGCGAGGUGGCUCAAGCGCACGGCGAAGCUCUCCUUCUUCCUG